AUUUGUGUUUUUUUUUUCUGCAGGUUCCAGACGUUGGCUUCAGUGGAGAAAGGAAAUUGAAUUACUUUCUGAUCUGACCUACUAUGUCUUAACAACUUCAUCUGGAUACCAGACGCUGGGCGAGGAGUAUGUCAGCAUCAUCCAGGUGGACCCCCUGAGAGUGGGAAAUGUGGCUGGCGAUGACCCGCGGAUCAGUACCAGUUACCGUCUGCUGGGGGCUCUGUCUCUUCUGCAGCUGGGCAUCACUCUCACACUGCAGUUUAACAACCUCAGGCAGAGACAGAGAGCUCGACACGAGUGGAAGCAGCACAGAAACCUGCUCCCCAGGUAGCGCUCUAUACAAUCAUGGCCUACAUUUGAC